CAGCUGUUGUAGUGGCACUGACUCGCCUGCCAGUGUCGCAGUGCCGUCAUUCUCGCUCUCUCUGUUACAGUGACCUAUGUGCUUCUAGUUAACUGGCAUCUUAUUAGUGACAUCUUCAUCCAAUUUAAGGACUCAUUAGAAAGUUGUGAAGACAAGUGGUGGUGACGGUGUGAGUUUAGGGAGGGCAGCCUCGCUUGGUUGUGGGAGACAAAGAUGCGUGUGUUGAUGACAGUGUUGACCGUGGUGGGGAGCGUGGCCGGCACAGCUCAGCUGUGGGCCGUACAGUUGGCCAGUGAGGAUGGGGAAGUAGCAAACCAGGUGGCUAGAGACUUGGGAAUAGUGGUGGUUGGGAAAGUGUUCAAUAAUGUUUUCCUCAUGCGCGGAUCAAAUGAGGAGAAAGGUGACUACGAGAGUGUGAAGGAGAGGGAACUAAAGAAGGAGUUAGAUCAUCACCUUAUUGUUUGGUCCGAGCAACAAAUCGGACGUCGACGAACCUCGGGCAGCGAGAGAACAAACACCGUGAUACCUGGUGAAGGAUAUGUGAGCAGUGUGAGGCAAGUGGCAGGUGUAGCAGGAGUGAGGAAAAACCAACGACAGGUAAGGAACAUUGGAGGUUUGAACCGGAAAAUCCCUGCAUUAUCAUGGGAAUUCUCCAAGACCGACCCACUCAGGUGGCGGCAAUGGUACCUGGGUCCAGGACCUGGGAUGCAACUAAACGUGACGGGGCUGUGGGAGGCUGGUGUGCGGGGAGGUGGGAUCAGCGUGGCCAUCCUAGACGACGGUGUGGAGUUGACUCACCUCGAUUUGGCUUUAAAUUAUGACCCCGCAGCAUCGUGGGACCUGCUGGAUUCUGACCCUGAUCCAUCACCCGUGCCUUGGUCACGCCACGGUACGCAGCUGGCUGGGAUUAUUGCUGCAACGCACUCCAAUGGCAUGUGCGGCAUGGGCGUGGCGCCUUGGUCUGGGGUUGGUGCUGUGAGGAUGUUAGGUUACGUAGUAUGGGACGCUACGGAAGCUGCGGCACUAGCUUACGAACGUAACCACGUGGAUGUGUAUGUAGCGGCGUGGGGGCCCGUGGACACAGGGGCUGUAUUAGAGGGUCCGGGGGUACUAGCUGCCAGAGCCAUGAGAGAGAGCAUUGCACUAGGUCGCAGGGGGCGGGGAUCCAUAUACAUAUGGGCUUCCGGAAAUGGCGGAUUUGUUGGUGAUGACUGCAAUGCUGACGGUUAUGCCAACUCUAUCUAUACACUAACUGUAAGUGGCAGCACACGUGGGGGUCACCCCCCUAGCUAUGCAGAGACUUGCGCAGCCACUUUUGUUUCCACUUACAGCGGCGACGCCGACGAGUACGACUCCGAGGAAGAAGUUAACGGGGUGGUAACUACUGAUACCGGUGGUGUUUGCACAGAAUCAUUUCGCGGGUCGUCUGUGUCGGCAGCAAUGGUCGCUGGGGCGUGCGCGUUGGCCCUGGAUGUUAACUCCAAGCUUGGGUGGCGUGAUAUGCAACACCUGAUGGUGCGAGCAGCUACACCCCACAACCCCAUUCCGACGCAGUGGAAUACGAAUGGCAUCGGGCUACGCUAUUCGCACUACUUCGGAUUUGGUUCUCUCAACGCUGGGAAGAUGGUUGAUCUAGCGCGGAAGUGGAAACCUGUUCCUCCAGCUUUCCGGUGUUAUGUGCAAGCACCAUACCAAAACAUUACAUUGGUUCCUGACGAGCCCCUAGUUCUCUCUCUCAGUGUUUCCGGCUGCCAGAUAGUACAAGCCGAGCAUAUCCAAGUUAAUGCGUCAAUCAGUGCCCAAAGCCGCGGGCAGAUAGAGGUGUUGCUGGAGUCUCCCUCAGGCACGGUAUCUUCUCUUUUACCUAAGCGUCCCCUAGAUCUUUCCCCUUAUGGCAUCUACAACCACCCUCUAAUGUCAGUUCACAUGUGGGGGGAGGACCCACGGGGUACCUGGAAACUUCGCAUCACUUACCACAACUCCAGUAUAAUUGGCCCAUCCGGCAGCAAAACAUUCGUCGAUGUUCCUAACAUGCUGCACAACUGGACGCUAAUCAUCCACGGCACAGAAAUUACCCUGGACCGCGCUACGCCCUAUCACUACUACUACACUUCCGAACAACUCACCCGUAUAAUCCGCCGCCAGAAAAGGACAGGAAUUAUGACUAUUGGUACAAAUAAAACUGAUAAUCCGAGACAACAUCAAGAGGAUCGUGUAAGAGUCGAAGUUCAGCACUGGUGCUCUCCCAUUACCACUAGAGACAAGAUACACUCUUACCUUUUCUGCCGUGUACGUGCUCCUGUCCCAGGUAUUGUUAGCGGUAUCACCUGGUACAGUGGAGACAGAGAAAUCGUCCAAGAUGUGGUUCGGCGCCUAAGUGGGAAGGGUUUUCUAGCUGCCAAAUACCCGUCAAUCCUGCUCAUAAGGGAGACCAAGACUAUUGACGGCAACUUUACUUGCAGAGUGAUGUAUGAUAAUGAGGUAUUUAUACAGAAUUUAGAGGUCAGAGGUAAUUAUUCAACAGUCCCUGAGGUCACUGAAAAGACUCAAGUAUCUGUGGAAGGCGGGAACGUGGAGCUGGCCUGCGACAGUCUCUCCCCAAUCUUAAGAGGGACAUGGACUCGAAACGGGGAACGGGUCAAACCCACUGAACGAGUAACAAUUAACGAAGAAAGGCUGACCAUCACUGGGGUUGAAAACCAAGACUUGGGUGUAUAUAAAUGCCACGUAAAGUCCCCAAGAUUCAACUACUCCCACAAUGUCUCUGUCACUCUCUUGCUGGCUCAAGGACGGUCAACACUCAUUACCCACUAUGCCAUCACUUCCCAACCUCCACUGCCGCCCUCUCUAGCAUCUACAACUUCUUUGUGCACGUCACAGGAAAAUGCAACAGAUACUUCCCCAAAUCCAUUGACAUCAGAAUUAUUUGGAGCAGGGCCAAGAGGCUGUCCUCGACCAUUCAAGACAUUGGUGGAAGGCCAUUGUCUGUUGGUAGCACCCGGGGAGGCCAGGUCGUGGAACCGGGCGAGGGCUCAGUGCCAGCGAAGGGGAGGUGACCUACUGGUAUUGCAAGACGCUGCCCUCAUGCUGGCAAUUAUGCAACUCUUCCACUCUCAAGGUUUGAGUAACACCUCCUUCUGGAUAGGCGGGCUGAGGCAGAGCCACGAGUUAUGGGAAUGGGUGGAUGGCACGUUCUUACCCUUGGGUCUCGCCUUCUGGUACCCCACGCCCUCACGCCGACCCAAGGAGAUUUCAGUGGCCAGACUCCACCGAAACCUGAUGCAUGGCAGGAGACACGGACUCUAUCGUCCUUACACACAAAGUCAAAGAAGAAGGGCCAGGAAUGAUCUUAGAAGAGGAAGUGCAUCUCGUAUAGAACCAUUGACUGCACAACAUCCAGGAAGGUCAGGUUCCAGAUUUUCCAGAAAGCGACUUAUUCCAGCCUCAAUGAGAUUAAACCCCUCAAAUUCCAGACAAAUGAACAGAUUCUCGACAAGUGCUCCUGUUGCGUCGUCGAGAGACCUCCAAGAUGAAUCUCACUUUAGCCCAGUUAACACAUCGGGAGCUUCUAUCAGAAUACCAGGUGAAAAGAGAUUCUUGCUAAGCCGUCGCCGAGAGGAAAAGCGAAGGCAACAGCAACUUAGGAUUGACCAUAUAUCAGGAGAGAGGGUCUCAGAACACUCGAGGCCUGGAGUGGUACAAGAUCACCGACAAUAUAUUUCCCACUAUUCAGGCAGGCGAAUGUUCACAGACGGGCCUCGCCCGAGAGAGGUGAGACAACAACAACAACAAACAUUACCCAAUCAAGGUAAACGCCGGCUGCGUCCUGAAGGCGUGGAGCCACAAAGAGCCGUGUGUCUCUGGGCAAGGUUCGGUCACUUCUUCGCGUCUUGCUCGGUGAAAAAGCGCCUGAAGGCUUUGUGUGAAUACAAACAUGGGACAGGAAAAAAGGAAGAAAAUCGUUGAUCUGAACCCUGUGGCUGUAGUAACUAAAAACGAAGCAAAACAAACAUAUAUUGAUGUACACAAAAAACUACAGCAACAAAUGCAUAUCAUGAAAAAAUUCUUCUAAGUUUUCUAGUACAUGAAAUACAAAACCACAUUGUAUGGAAUGGAAAAAAGGGUUUUGUUUUUCCUAAAAAGAAGAAAAAAAGAAGACAUUUAAUGUUACUCAGACUAGGAAAUUUCUUUCAAUUUCAGGAUUUUUUUCAUCAAAGAGAGAGAACACUAGUAGAAUUAACUGUACUAGCCUUGCAACUUGUUGACAAGUCUGAGUCUGUGUAAUAAAAUUUAACUAUAAACGCA